AUGACUCAACUUGAGGGAGAAAGCCUCAAUUCCUUCAAGUCCAAAAGCCACAGAGUAGCUGGGGUUAAAGUGGCUUCUUUUGGGUAUCUGAAAUCGGCAAUCUACGACAGAGAAGAGAGAAAACAGCAAUACCAAGCUCACAUUGGAGGCCUCAAUGCCUACGAUCGGCACAAGAAAUUCUUGAACGAUUAUGUUAGCUUCUAUGGGAAAGAAAAGUCUUCAAAUGUGAAAUUGCCAGUUAAAACGGAUCGGGACAUCCUAAGAGAAGGAUAUAGGUUCAUACGUACUGAGGAAGAUGAUAUGGAUACAUCUUGGGAGCAAAGGCUGGUGAAGCGCUACUAUGAUAAGCUUUUUAAAGGUAUCCUUAGUUAG